AUGGCCGUCGUGGAAGAUGUACGAGCCACUGCCGCUCGCCUCAAUGUCGACCUAUCCUCUCUCGACCUUGACUCCAUUCGCCUACCCGACGGAGAAAACUUCGGCGUCAUCAGCCAUGAGCCAAGCAAUCCUCGUGAUACUCAUAGAGUUAUGAUAACUAUCUUUGAUGUCCGUACUGGAAAAGUUAUGAGGGAUUUCAAAGGGAGCGCAGAUGAAUUUUCAUCUGCUGUUGGAACUGGAGGUGUAAGUGGCGUGUCAUGGCCCGUCUUCAGAUGGGGUGGUGGAAAAGAUGAUAAGUACUUUGCCAGAAUUGGAAAAAAUGUUGUCUCUGUGUAUGAAACUGAAACGUUCACUCUUAUUGACAAGAAAUCUAUAAAGGUUGAAAAUGUCAUUGACUUCAACUGGUCACCUACUGAUCCCAUUCUUGCGCUCUUUGUCCCUGAACUGGGUGGAGGAAAUCAACCUGCAAGGGUGAGUCUUGUGCAAAUACCAAGCAAGGAAGAGUUGAGGCAAAAGAAUCUCUUCAGUGUUAGUGAUUGUAAAAUGUACUGGCAAAGUAAUGGAGAUUAUUUGGCAGUUAAAGUAGAUCGAUACACGAAAACCAAGAAGAGCACAUAUACCGGGUUUGAGCUUUUCAGGAUCAAAGAACGGGACAUACCCAUUGAAGUUCUGGAGCUUGAGAAUAAGAAUGAUAAGAUUAUAUCAUUUGCCUGGGAGCCAAAAGGUCACAGGUUUGCAGUUAUACAUGGUGAUAGCCCGAGGCCUGAUGUGAGUUUCUACACGAUGCGCAGUGGUAGUAACACUGGUCGCGUUUCCAAACUUAUUACUCUCAGAGGCAAGCAGGCAAAUGCUCUUUACUGGUCACCAGCUGGCCGGUUCAUUAUACUGGCAGGGUUAAAGGGAUUUAACGGGCAACUUGAAUUUUACAAUGUUGAAGAGCUUGAGACCAUGGCUCAGAGUGAGCAUUUCAUGGCGACUGAUGUGGAAUGGGAUCCAACUGGGAGGUAUUUGGUGACGGCAGUUACAUCUGUUCAUGAGAUGGAGAAUGGGUUUAAUGUAUGGUCAUUUAGUGGCAAAUUGCUCUACAGAAUACUCAAGGAUCAUUUUUUCCAAUUCUUGUGGCGUCCAAGACCCCCAACAUUCUUGAGCCCAGAGAAGGAAGAAGAGAUAGCCAAGAACUUGAAGAAAUACAGCAAAAAGUAUGAAGCGGAGGACCAAGAUGUGUCGAUGCUUUUGAGCGAGCAGGACCGUGAGAAGCGAAGGACUCUCAAGGAAGAGUGGGAGAGGUGGGUCGGUGAGUGGAAGCGACUGCACGAACAAGAGAAGUUGGAGAGGCAGAAGCUGCGUGAUGGGGAAGCUAGUGACCAAGAAGAGGAAUAUCAAGCCAAGGAAGUCGAAAUUGAGGAAGUCUUGGAUAUUUCUGAGGAAGUGUUAAAAUAUGAUUAA